AUGGCAACGACUGCAAAUGCGGCAACUACCACACCAGGCAGCGCGAUCGCGAGAAACGAAGUCAAACCUCAGUCACAGAAGCCGAUCUACACCAGGUUCUCACAACAAGAGAUGCACGCAUGCAAACCUCUAAUGACCCCCGCACGCAUUGUUGCAGUGUUCAUGACCGUCGGCGUCGUCUUCAUCCCCAUCGGUAUCGCCACACUCCUUGCGUCGACAAGCGUCGUGGAAUUGGUUGACCACUACGGGCACGCGUGUCUCGACAACUCCGCUGCACAAGUGAACCAAAGCCUUCGCACAAGAGAGGAACGAAUUAGCUUCAUCAAGAACCCCAGUAACCCUAAAAACUGCACCCGCACAAUUAGGAUCCUGAAGCUCAUGAAGCAGCCCAUCUACAUGUACUACGAAAUCACCAAUUUUCAUCAAAACCACCAUCGCUAUGUCAAGAGCAAGUCUGAGCCUCAAUUGCAGGGCCAACAAGCCAGCCCCGAGCAACUCAAAAUCUGUGCACCAGAGGACUCCGUCGGAGGUCAGCCUGUCAUUCCCUGCGGCCUCGUUGCAUGGAGCUUCUUCAAUGACACCUACAGCCUAGCCCUAAACAACGGCACGUCUGUUCCUGUCAACAAAAAAGGCAUUGCCUGGAAAUCGGACAUGGACAAAGUGAGCAGCACUGUGUAUGCCUCCAAUUUCCAGAACAAUAACCCCUCAGCGUACAUCGGCGGAGGGAAAUUGCCUGUGGACUCACCGCUGAGAGACAACGAGGACCUCUGGGUGUGGAUGCGCCCCGCUGCUUUGUCCAAGUUUCGCAAAUUGUGGGGACGGAUCGAGCGAGACCUGUACCCUGGCGACGAGCUGCAAGUGAACAUCCAGAACGUGUACAACUGCUUCAGCUUCAAUGGCCAGAAGAAGCUGGUUCUAUCCACUACCAGUUGGAUGGGCGGUAAGAAUAACUUCGUCGGCACGGCUUACUUGACAAUCGGCCUUCUAUGUGUGGCGCUAGCAAUUGGCUUCUUCUUCAUGUAUUACUCUCAUCCGCGACCUCUCGGCAACACCAAGCAAUUCUCGUGGAACAAUGAAAAACAGGGACCGAAUUCGACUAUUUCACACCUCUUCUGGGCAUUUAUCUUUCAACCUGAUGCAGCCAAUUUCGGCAAGGUCCUGUGCAGCUCUGAUCUAUCUCGCAAUCUUGGCAUUCUUGGUUACGUCCACUCAUGA